AUGGAAACUCCUCUGAUUUCCGUAAGUUGAAAUAAUAAUAAUAUUGAUUAAUUGCAAAAAAAUUCAUAUUUUUAAUAAUAAUAAUAAUAUUAUAUUUUAGGAUAAUGCUAAAGAAAUCGAUGCUCUUAAUAGCGCUGUAAUAGGUCUGAUUCGGCAAACGUAAGAUAAUUUGUAUCAUUAAUUUUUACCAAGUUAUACAACUCAUUAAACCUUUUACCAAUUUAGAUAUGGUUAUAUGACCAGAUCUGACCGACUAUUAGUUUACGAUAUCUUAUUGAAUGGAAUUCGAGAUAUUCAUUUUGUUUUGACGAAUUUUCAAGGUAAGGAUAAACUUCUCUUUUUCUGAGUUUUAAGAAAUGUUUUUUUAGUGCGCGGGAAUCUUGACGAACGUCUUCACACACCAGAUGUAACUCAGGUAUGUUUCUUUUUUCGAGUCUCGAAUCAAGAGUUCAUACAUAAUUAUUUAGAACUCUUCAUGGCGUCCGUUUUUUCGCAGACUCCAAAAUCUAGCCACUUGUGCCUGUAUUCUUGCUGAUUCAGUUCAUUCGGGUAUUUUUAUUAUCAUCAUUUUUUAUGGGCCCAUGCAGAAUAAUAUUUUGUAAUAAAAACAGUUUUUUCUGCAUAGGAAAAAUAUGUUUUUUUUUAUUACAAAAUAUUAUUCUGCAUAGGCCCAUUACAGUCUUUUACAUAGAUCAGAAUUUUACAGACCCGGAAGAGGAAUCUGUUGAAUUGACUGCAUUGUAUCGAGUAAAAUUCGUCCUGCGUUUAAUGCUUUCAAAAGUUUCACUCGUGAGAGAAUUAUUGGAUUUUUGUUAUGAUUUUUAA